GGCGGGGCAUCUCGAUCGGGGAUGAGCUUUAAACAUGAGAGCAUAACCUUAGGGUUGUGUUCUCUAUCAUAACAGUCCGUUUCGAUCUCUAAAAGCGCUUCCAGCUGCGGGGGUGUAUGAGGAGCAUCAGAGUAAAGAGUUUUACCUCGAUCAGGUAGCGAAGGAGGUGAAAGUAGGAGUGGAAGAGGGGGGCUGUGGUUGGAUUUAGUGAAAGAAAACAAUAUGGCCGCGGUGGAGCUGGAAUGGAUCCCUGAGACCCUGUACAACACCGCUAUCUCAGCCGUGGUCGACAACUACGGCCGAUCGCGACGGGACAUCCGCUCUCUGCCUGAAAACAUACAGUUUGAUGUGUACUACAAGCUUUACCAGCAAGGCCGCCUCUGCCAGCUGGGAGGGGAGUUCUGUGAGCUGGAGGUCUUCGCUAAAGUCCUCAGGGCCUCUGACAAAAGGCACCUCCUACACCACUGCUUCCAGGCUCUGAUGGACCACGGUGUAAAGGUUGCUUCAGUCCUGGCCAACUCUUUCAGCCGCCGAUGUUCAUACAUCGCAGAGUCAGAUGCGCAUGUGAAAGAGAAAGCUAUACAGUUUGGCUUUGUUUUAGGUGGCUUUUUAUCAGAUGCCGGCUGGUAUGGAGAUGCAGAGAAAGUCUUCCUGUCUUGCCUCCAGCUGUGCACAUUACACGAUGAGGUUCUUCACUGGUAUCGUGCAGUGGAGUGUUGUGUGAGGUUACUUCAUGUGCGUAAUGGCAACUGCAAAUACCACCUGGGAGAAGAAACUUUCAAACUGGCCCAGUCUUACAUGGACAAACUAGCCAAACAUGGCCAUCAGGCUAAUAAGGCUGCCCUGUAUGGAGAACUGUGUGCCCUACUCUUUGCCAAAAGCCACUAUGAUGAGGCUUAUAGGUGGUGUAUAGAGGCUAUGAGGGAGAUCACCGUUGGCUUACCUGUGAAAGUAGUAGUUGAUGUUCUCAGACAAGCCUCUAAGGCAUGUGUUGUUAAGCGGGAGUUUAGGAAAGCUGAACAACUGAUAAAACAUGCAGUCUUCUUGGCACGGGAACAUUUUGGGCAUAAGCACCCAAAAUACUCAGAUACACUACUAGAUUAUGGAUUUUAUCUAUUAAAUGUGGAUAAUAUCUGUCAAUCAGUGGCCAUUUACCAGACUGCACUAGAUAUUCGGCAGUCAGUGUUUGGAGGAAAGAAUAUUCAUGUUGCAACUGCACAUGAGGACCUGGCGUAUUCGUCCUACGUCCAUCAGUACAGCUCUGGUAAAUUCGACAAUGCACUAUUCCACGCAGAACGUGCCAUAGACAUCAUAACUCACAUUCUCCCUGAAGACCAUCUGCUGCUGGCCUCAUCCAAGAGGGUGAAAGCCCUAAUCCUGGAGGAGAUCGCCAUUGAUUGCCAUAACAAAGAAACCGAGGAACGCCUCCUGCAGGAGGCCCAUGAUCUGCACCUCUCCUCCCUGCAGUUGGCCAAAAAGGCUUUCGGAGAGUUCAACGUUCAGACGGCAAAACACUACGGGAACCUGGGCCGCCUCUACCAAUCCAUGCGCAAAUUCAAGGAGGCAGAGGAGAUGCACAUCAAGGCCAUUCAGAUCAAGGAGCAGCUGUUGGGACAGGAGGACUACGAGGUGGCUCUGUCAGUGGGACACUUGGCCUCGCUCUACAACUACGAUAUGAAUCAGUACGAUGACGCAGAGCGUCUGUACUUGCGUUCCAUCGCUAUUGACAUGCUGCCACAUGUAGAUUGUGAUUUAGCCAAAGUGCUGUUUCAGAUGGACGAUGGUGAUCCUUGA